UUCUAUUUACAGUACUUUUUACUCACCACUCACUGUAUGACACAUUUCCAUAAAGUGAUUGAUCGUCCAAAAUCCAUAUAUACCAACCAACCAACUUCAGUCCAUACCCUCCGUCCCAAGAAAAUUAAAUUAUUUUUUUUUUUGAAAAGUAAAAUUUUAUAUAUCAUCAACAACUCCUGCAGAAAAUUAAAUAAAUAAAAAAGUUACCUGUAUUGAAAUCCAUGAAACAAAGAUGUCGGAUGUACCUAUGUUGCCGGAUGUACUUUCCCAAAUCCUAUGUUGGCUGCCAGUGAAAUCUUUACUUCGAUUAAGGUCUGUUUCCAAAACAUUUCGUAACCUAAUUGAUAGUAAUUAUCUUAUUAAUCUUCAUCUUAAUCUUUCCAUUAAAACAAGACAGAAUAUUAAUAUCCUUUUCGGUGGUGACAGAACCCUUUGUUAUUUUAACUUAGAUUCGUCGAAUAACGCAGUUAAUAAGAUAGAUAAUCCUUUAUACUUUGCUAUAUUUGAAACCGUUGUGUUGGGUAGUUGUAACGGUGUGGUUUGUUUGUGUACUACUGAACCCGAUACCGAGAUUGCGGUGUGGAACCCCGUGGUUCGUAAGUUUAAGAAGACGAGGUUAGGGCCCGCAAAAAGUUUGAAAGGAGUCGGGAGAGGGUUUUGUAUUAAAGGGUUUGGGUAUGAUUGUGUUGGUGAUGAUUAUAAAGUUGUUAGGUUGGUUCAGUAUUUUAGUAGUAAUUUGAGGAGUGAAGUUGUGUAUUCGACGAUUGAGGUUUUUAGUUUGAAAGCCGACGCGUGGAGAGAAGUUGGGGGGUUUCCUUAUUUCAUAUGUUAUUUCAAGAAUUUUAAUGCUUUUGCGAAUGGUGCGUUGCAUUGGUUGGUUAGUGAGAGUCCUGAGACGAGACUUGAUGUUUUGAUUGUUGCGUUUGAUCUUACGACGGAUGAGUUGAGGAUGGUUCCUCGGCCUGAUAUUGGAAACGAUAGGGUUAAAGUCAGUUUGGCGAUAUUGGGCGGGUGUCUUUCGUUGGUUUGUAAUUAUCCUAAGAAGAAUGUUGAUAUAUGGGUUAUGGAAAGUUAUGGGGUAAAGGAUACGUGGAGUAAGUUGAUUUCGAGUACAGAUGUUAAGCUUGUUAUGGAUUUGGAUUGUUUGAGGCCGGUUGUGUAUUCUAAGAGUGGUGAUGAAGUCCUUUUGGAGAAGAAUUUUGAGAGACUUUAUUGGUAUAAUCUCGAGAAUAAGACGGUGAAACGAUUUAAGGUUGCUGGUAUGCCUAGGUUGUUUGUAACUGAAGUUUUUACAGGAAGCCUUUUUCAGGUGAACAUCGGUUGUGCUUCUGAAGCUCGUAAAAAGAAAGAGAAAAUCGAGAACCAGAAUGAGAAAAAGAAGGAUGACUUCUUAUCAAAGGGGUUCAGACUUGUGCUUUAAGGAAAAAAGAUUCACAACUUAAAGGAAAUAUUUGAAAGCUUGUCUUCAAAGAUAUCACUGCUCAAGAUCAUGUUGUAGGAGUUUAACAUAGAAUAAAGUUUGAAUUAGGUGUCUUCGAAUACUGUUAAAAAGUUUGAUCGUUGGAACAGGCAAAUUUGAGCGAUGGUAUGGGUUGCUAUCCUCUUUUUUUUCGCUUUACUUAUUGGCAUCAAAGGAUCAGCUGCAUGACUAAACAACUUCUUAGUGAAGUUCUGCUCGACUACAUAAUAAUACACUUCCAGUUUGUAUUAUUGUAUAUAUGGAAUGGUACAGUUCAUAUAGCAAAUACAUAAAGGUGGCAGGUUGGGUACU